UGAGUUUAUAAGAUCUAUGGUGUAUUUAAAUAAAAGUGAUAACGAAUCGUACCGAAUUAUUUUACAAAAUUGAAAUCUCUUAUUCAGUUACACAUAUAACAUUUUCUUAAAUAAAAAUGAGAAACUAAAUCAAGUAAAAUAUUUGAUAGUUACGUUUUCUCAUAUUUUUAUUUUCUUAAUCUUAUUUAUUAAUUGUGAAAUAAAGUUUAUUUAUUUAAUAGGAAAUAAUUCCAAUAAUGAGUGUUAAAAUUGUGCAGUAUUUUGAAUAUACAACUAAAUUUAAUUCAGCAGUUCUUGUUGAUAAUUCAUUUGUGUUUUCUACUAAUGAUGGAUUUUUGAUUACAGAAAUUCAGUCUGAUAUUUUUAGACCAACAGCUGAUUAUAAAGUAUUACGUACCAUGUUAGCAUACUCAAAAGCUAAGCCAUUUGAAGAUAAAAAUUAUAACUUUGUUCGUUUCCAAAGACCAGUUUCUUGUAGUGAAAAAAACAUUAUGGCUUUUAAAAAUUAUCAUAAAUGGAGUAUUAUUUAUAUGACUAAUAAUAGCAAUAUUGUUUUUUUGGAAAAGUGUAAUGGCAAAUGGUUAGAAAAAUUAAGUGACAUUCCACAAAAAUGGUUUUUAUUAAAAAUAAAAGAUUUAGAUAACAAAUUAAAUCUAGAAAACAUGAAUCCUAGAAAUGAAAAUACUAUAUUGAUUUAUAGUCGUGAUCGAGAAAAAGAAAUAUUGAUUAAAAAUUUUGUUUGUACUCAUCUACUUAAAAUUGAUAAUGGAGACUUACACUAUGGGACGAUAUGUUGUCAUUUAAAUAAUUCACUUACAUUCUGGUCAAGUAUUAAUGAACAUUCAACAUUUCUUAAAGAGUUUAAAUAUUGUUAUUCAUGUACAACUGUUAAAUAUGUUGAAUGGUUUCAAGUUUCAAAUUCACUGUCUUGGUUGAUGGUAUUUUUAAAUAAUGGCCAAAUUUAUGUUCAUGAAUUUGUUGAUUAUCCUAAUGUUGAAAAUACUUUUAUAUUAUGGUCAAAUGAAGAUCAUGUUAUAACAAAAAUGGCAUUUAUUAUAUUUGUUUUGUAUUCAUUGACAAAAAAAGAAAUAAUAAAAAUUAAAAAAGAAACUAUUAAAAAAACAUUAGUUAUACCAGGUUUUACUGUUUUAAAUGAAAAAAAUUUAAUAAUUUUGGUGACUGAUGCUGGAAAAUUUAUUAGUAUACAGUUAACAAUAUCAGACACUGAUUUUUCUUAUGUACUACUACCAAUAACAAAUGACUUUAAUGAUCAAGUACAAAACUUUACCUGUACAUCAGCUGUAUUCUCUCAAAAUAAAUGCACUUGUGUUCUCUCUUUUGAGUAUAACAUAGCUAGAUACAGUAAAAAAGAUAUUCUUAAGAAAAAUAAAUUGUUAUUUUGUGUAAUUCCUGAAAGUUUAAUUGAACUUGAACAAAAAAUUUUAUCUGUUGAAAAUGAUUCAUACAGUAGUGUGAUUGAUUGCAUAGAAACUUUAAGGGUUAACAGAAUGAAUGAUAUUUUUGGAGAACAAUUAUAUUUAGAUCGCAAGUUCCUUGAUACUUGUUCAACGAAUGAUUUAAAACUUAUAUACUGGAAAACAGCAUUUAAAAACGAAAAAAAAGAAAAUGAAGAAAGUCUUCUAUCUGAGUUACAAACUCUAGUUCAUACCCGUUUUUUAAUUGAACGCUUUGCUGUUAAUAACAAUUUUGCUACUAAUACAGAAAAAUAUUACAGCCGUGUAAUGCUCACAGAAUAUUUCAAAAAAAUUCCAAAAGAUUAUGUAAAUGUGAGAAAGGAUGCAACUAACUUAAUAAGUUUGCUAAAAGAAAUCAAACAUACACAUUCUUGUAGUACUUGUCAUCGAAUUUUAACAUCUUUCACAGAUUUUCGUAUGUUUAUAUGUGAACAAAAUCAUAAAGAACUCAGGUGCCCAGUAACAUUAGGACCUCUUGGUGUACCAUAUCUAGUCUGUUCAAUGUGUUCUACAAUGGCUAAUAAAAAAUUAAGUAAUGAAAAAUGUGUUUGGUGUUUUGGAAAAUACACUCAGAAUGAAUUGCAGUUUUAUACAUAAACUACAUAUAUUCAAAAAUUAUGUAAUUAUAGCUUUUAAAAAUUGUAACUAUUUAUAAUUUUGUAUAUACUUAUUUGUUUUAUAUGUAUAGAGUGAAAUAAGAUAAAUAUAAACAAAUUGAGUUAAAAUCAUAAAUUCAUUAUUACUCAAGGCAUACUUCCAGAACAAAUUUUUUUGAUGGGGAACUAUUAAAAAAAAAAAAAAAGAGAUUCAUAAAAAAUAAUAAUUCUUAUUUUGGGAGGGGCCAUUGUUGUUAUAUCCACAUCUCUUCCUUGUGUCCACAUAUGUAUUACUAUAAGAAUGUUUAGUAGGUAUAGCUUUAGAUUAAAUAUUCUAUUUCUUUAGUAUAUACUUUUUUUGUUUAUCAAUAAUAAAAACGUUGGCACUUCUGUUUUAA